ACUUGUCUGACUCCCAAGACUUCAGCCCUUUCUGGCACACUCCCACGGCUUGCAUGCAAGAAAACAGCCUACUUCAAAUUGAAGAUGAACUGCAGAUUUAAAAAUUAUGUCCAAGAAACAUUUAAACACUUUUCUGGGGGAGAAAACUUUGAACGUUUCCAUGGGGUCCAUUUGCUGGACCGUGUGUGUAGGCCCGCACAGAGACACUGGGCCCUCCCCUCCCCCGGUUGCUUUGGCCUUAUCUCCGACAAACAGAGCAACACAAUGGAACAGCUUCAAUUCUCCUUGUUACAAAUUAUCCAAGAGCCAGAGUCUAACGGUGCCAAAAGCAACCAGAACUGUUUACAUAAGGGCUGGAGGCUAAUAGUUAACUUUCUCCCAUUUAAUUCCAGAAACAGUAAAUAACUACAUUGUAACUCACUUUACAACGACAAAGGAGCAAAAUGUCAUAAAACGGGGAAGAAAACAGAAGUCAAAAGGAAAAUGGAAAGGAGAGGCAGCAGCAUGGCUGGUGUGUUGUCACGGCGCCUUGGGAAGCGGUCUCUCCUGGGAGCUCGGGUCUUGGGACCCAGUGCUUCAGAUGGGCCAUCAGGGGCCACCACGCCCUUAGAGCCGCAGGUGGACCUGCUAGAGGGGGUUGCUCCUCCUCCCUUCCUUGCCUCUAUGGACACUUCCUGCCAGGAGCGGCCCAAGGAAGUCCUCAAGGCUCCCAGCACCUCAGGCCUCCAGCAGUUGGCCUUUCAGCCUGGGCAGAAGGUGUGCGUGUGGUACGGGGGUCAUGAGUGCUCAGGGCUGGUGGAGCAGCACAGCUGGGCAGAGGAUAAGGUGACUGUCUGGCUGUUGGACCAGAAGUUACAGAUCUGCUGCAGAGCGGAAGAAGUGUGGCUGGCGGAGCUGCAGGGCCCCAGCCCCCACGUGCCACCCCCUGAACAUGGAGCCCAGGCACCAGCCUACAGGCCCGUCUCCAGGAACAUUGAUGUCCCGAAGAGGAAGUCGGAUGCAGUGGAGAUGGACGAGAUGAUGGCGGCCAUGGUGCUGACGUCCCUGUCCUGCAGCCCAGUCGUGCAGAGUCCGCCUGGGACUGAGGCCAACUUCUCCGCUUCCCGCGUGGCCUGUGACCCCUGGAAGGAGAGUGGCGACGUGUCGGACAGCGGCAGGAGCACCACCAGCGGGCACUGGAGCGGGAGCAGUGGCAUCUCCACCCCCUCGCCUCCCCACCCCCAGGCCAGUCCCAAGUAUUUAGGGGAGGCCUUUGGUUCCCCCCAGACUGAUCAUGGGUUUGAGACCGAUUCGGACCCUUUCCUGUUGGAUGAACCAGCUCCGCGUAAAAGAAAGAACUCCGUGAAGGUGAUGUACAAGUGCCUGUGGCCCAGCUGUGGCAAAGUGCUGCGUUCCAUCGUGGGCAUCAAACGACACGUCAAAGCCCUCCACCUGGGGGACACUGUGGACUCUGACCAGUUCAAGCGGGAGGAGGAUUUCUACUACACAGAGGUGCAGGCAAAGGAAGAAGCUGCUGCUGUGACUGGCACCCCUGCUCCGGGGACCUCCACCGUCGAGCCAGCUCCUGCCCCCGGCGUGACGGGCCUUCCCCUUGCGGCUCUCCCACCACCUCCACCCAAACCCCGGUUUUCCGGCCCCGAGCACCCUGGCCUGGAGUCUCCCCUGCCCUCGGGUGCACUUAGCAAGUCAGCCCCCGGUUCCUUCUGGCACAUUCAGGCCGACCAUGCAUACCAGGCUCUGCCGUCCUUCCAGAUCCCCGUCUCCCCACACAUCUACACCAGUAUCAGCUGGGCUGCUGCUCCCUGCACGGCCUCCUCCCUCUCCCCGGUCCGGAGCCGGUCACUAAGCUUCAGCGAGCCCCAGCAGCCACCGCCUGCAAUGAAAUCUCACCUGAUUGUCACUUCUCCACCCCGGGCCCAGAGCAGCACCAGGAAAGCCCGCGGCGAGGCCAAGAAGUGUCGCAAGGUAUACGGCAUCGAGCACCGGGACCAGUGGUGCACAGCCUGCCGGUGGAAGAAGGCCUGCCAGCGGUUCCUGGACUGAACCGUCCAGCCAGCGUGUCCUCUGUGCUCUCGGGGCCUUGGCAGAAACCAGCCAGACGGAGGGUGGCGAUGCCGAGUCAGGGCUCUGCGGCCAAGGUGUAAUGCUUCAGACAUUUUCUCCCCUUUGUGGGGACAUUUUAUUUUUUAAAAAAAGAAACAAAAAUAUUUCCCCCCUAAAAUAGGAGAGGACUAAAACUGACCAAGGGUAUUCUGCAGCGAACCAGAGACCAAAGAAUGAAUGACCUUCCCUUUCCUGCAUCUCUCUCCUCUAAGGGAUUAGUUUGGACGUAUCAAAAGAAGGAGCUUGUUCUGUCUCCUGCUGAGUUGGUGAAUUCUUUGCUUUCUCAACUCUUCCAGAAAGAACUGUGAGCAAGAUGAAUUUACUUUUCUUUUAAAAAAAAAAAA